CUGCUGCGAAGGUACUUCCGGGUCAGUGAACCGGAAGUGAACGGGACAGACACGCCGCACCGCCGAGCACCCUCUCGUGCCAGUGACUUGUGGCGCUUUCUAGAGCACUCUGGUCCUCUGACUCGUCUAACUGGGGGGGACAGGGACCACUGUGGACGGACUGUGGUCACAAUAAGAUGAGAGGAAGCCAGGUGAGGCAGGCAGAGACCGAGAGGAGCACGGUGAGCGUGGAGCAAAGCUAACCCACGAAUGGCCUGCCGGUCUGUUGCUGCAGUCAUGGACGAGCAGGCCCUGCUGGGGCUCAACCCGAACGCCGAUGCCCGCUACAGGCAGAGGGCCAUGGCGUACUUUGAGCAGCUGAAGGAGUCGCAGGACGCAUGGGAGGUGUGUGCACAGGCGCUCGCCAAAGGCCUCUACAGUGAUGACCACGUCAAGUUCUUUUGCUUCCAAGUGUUGGAGCAUCAGAUCAAGUACAGACACGGCGGGCUGAGCGGCACCCAGCAGCAGCUCAUCAGGGAGACCCUGAUGAAGUGGCUGCAGAUGCAGCUGAUGAGUGGCCACCCCGAGAAGGUGUUCAUCAGGAACAAAGCAGCUCAGGUGUUGGCUCUCACCUUCAUCACGGAGUACCUGACCUUGUGGCCCAAGUUCUUCUUUGACGUCCUGACCCUGGUGGGCCUCAACCCUCACGGCGUGGACAUCUACCUGAGGACCCUCAUGGCCAUCGACGCCGAGGUGGUGGACCGAGACAUCCUGCACGCCCCUGAGGAGACGCGCAGGAACACGUUGAUUAAAGACGCCAUGCGUGAGCAGUGCAUCCCCAGCCUGGUGGAGUCCUGGUUCCAGAUCCUGCACACGUACCAGCACACCCACCCCGAGCUCACCUGCCAGUGUCUGGAGGUGGUCGGGGCCUACGUGUCCUGGAUCGAGCUCGGCCUCAUCGCCAACGAGCGGUUCGUCAACCUGCUGCUGAGUCACAUGUCGGUGGACGAGCUGCGAGAGGAAGCCUGCGACUGUCUGCUGGAGAUGGUCAACAAGGGCAUGGACCCUGUGGACAAGACCAAGCUGGUGGAGUCUCUGUGCCAAGUCCUGCAGUCUGCAGGAUUCUUCAACGUAGACCAGGAGGACGACGUGGACUUCCUGGCCAAGUUCUCGCGUCUGGUCAACGGCAUGGGCCAGAGUCUGGUCCUGAGCUGGACCAAGCUGGUCAAGGCGGGAAGCGUCAAAGACGCCUCCGACUCGCUCGACGCCUUGGAGGCCAAGGUGGCGCUGAUGCUGCGGCUGCUGGUGCACCAGGACGACGACAUCUCAGCCAACGUGGUGGGCUUCUGCUACGAGUACCUGCACGUCCUCAAACAGCUUCCUGAACUCAGUGAGCAUCAGAAGAGCAACGUGGAGGCCAUCAUGCUGGCGGUCAUCAAGAAGCUGACGUACGAUGAAGAGUACAACUUUGAGAAUGAGGGUGAAGACGAGGCCAUGUUUGUGGAGUACAGGAAGCAGCUGAAGAUGCUGCUGGACCGUCUGGCCCAAGUGUCCCCUGAGCUGCUGCUGGAGGCCGUCCGCCGAGUCUUCACCGGCACCAUGCGGAACUGGCAGAGCGCCACCUUCAUGGAGGUGGAGGUGGCGGUGCGGCUGCUGUACAUGCUGGGCGAGGCGCUGCCCGCAUCUCACGGCGCUCACUUCUCCGGAGACACGGUGAAGACGGGUGCCCUGCAGGACAUGAUGAGGACGCUGGUGACGUGCGGCGUCAGCGGCUACCAGCACACGUCCGUCUCUCUGGAAUUCUUCGAAACGGUCGUCCGAUACGAUAAAUUCUUCAUUGUGGAGCCGCAGCACAUUCCCAAUGUCUUGAUGGCUUUUCUGGACCACAGAGGACUGAGACACAACAGUCCCAAAGUCCGCAGUCGGGUGGCGUACCUUUUCUCCCGCUUCAUCAAAACACUACACAAACACAUGACGGCCUUCAUCGAGGACAUCCUGACUCGGAUCCAGGACCUGCUGGAGUUGGCUCCUCCCGAGAAUGGCUCGGUGGCGCCACUGACCAACGACGACCAGCUCUUCAUGUUCGAGUUGGCGGGUGUGCUGAUCGUGAGCGGGGAGAGCCCGGUGGAGAGGAAGCAGGCUCUGAUGAGGGGCCUGCUGGUGCCGCUGAUGGACGCUUUCCGUUUGCUGCUCGCCAAGCUUCCUGUGGAGACAGACGAGGAGAGGCAGGCCGCCGUUGCCGACUGCCUGAGCCACGCUGUUGGCUUCGCCAGCCGCACCAGCAAGGCGUUCAGCAACAAGCAGACGGUGAAGCAGUGCGGCUGCACGGAAGUCUACAGAGACUGCCUGCACACCUUCCUGCCCGCACUGAGCUGCCCCGUCCAGCGGGGGGUGCUGCGCAGCUGCGUGCGCUCCUUCCUGCACCGCAUGAUCAUCUGCCUGGAGGAAGAGGUGCUGCCCUUCAUCCCUGCCGCCUCUGAGCACAUGCUGAAGGACUGCGAGGCCAAAGACCUGCAGGAGUUCAUCCCGCUCAUCAGCCAGAUCACUGCCAAGUUCAAACGGCAGGUGUCUCCCUUCCUGCAGCAGGUGUUCAUGCCGCUGGUGCUCGCCAUCUUUGAGGCGCUGGCGCGUCCAGCCGAGGACAACGACCAGGCGGCUGCCCUGGAGAAGCAGAUGCUGCGCAGGAGCUACUUCUCCUUCAUCCAGACCGUCGCAGGGAGCGGCAUGAACGAGGUCAUGGCCAACCAGGGAGCAGAGAACAUGGAGCGCGUGGUGUUCACCAUCAUCCAGGGCGCCGUGGACUUCCCAGACCCCGUGGCCCAGAAGACCUGCUUCAUCAUCCUGGCCAAGCUGGUGGAGCUUUGGGGGGGCAAAGACGGCACGGUGGGCUUCACCGACUUCAUUUACAAGCACAUCGUUCCCGCCUGCUUCCUGGCUCCCCUCAAGCCCACCUUUGACCUCUCAGACGCUCAGACCGUGCUGAUGCUGUCCGAGGCCGUGAUCACGCUGAAGACCAUCCACGUCAAACAGGGGGCGGAGUUUGUUCACUUCCUGCAGCACGACUACCUGCCCUCCCUUCACGUGUCUCCAGAUAUCGCACAGGAGAUGUGUCACGUCCUCCAGCAGCCCGACGUCAAAGUCCUCAAGACCUACAUGAAGGCGUUCUUCCAGCAAGCCAAGCUGUAGGAGGUCAAAGGGCGCAGCAAGUUAGCAUAGUAGCUGCUGUUUGCACGAACAUGAGGCCGCCGCGUCCCAUCCAGGUCAAAGGGUGGGCGGGAGGCCGUGACGAGAUGAGCUGUCCACGUGAACUUUGAACUUUGCCAGAGGCGUGGCUAGUGUGGAGGAGAAACUACACAAAAGGGCUGAAAAUGUUUAGAUGUUCCGCGUGUUGCUGUUUAAGUUAAUAUGCAAAUCAUGUGUCAAUCAUCUCAGCUGUUGGACGAAGAUGUUUUGGUUCCAAAGGAGGAACGAGGCGCAAGCAAGAAGACCCACGUUCCUGGCUUUAGUUUUUUUUUUUUUUUUUUUUCUUGUCUUCUGAGAAAUCCAGACAAUAAAAGGUGUAAAUAAAUCAAA